AGGCGGGGAGAGGAGCACCUACGGACAGACGAGAGCUGUGACACGCAAGCCUGCAGCAAGCACCUCGGCCCGGUGGACUGAACCAGACCCUAUGAGAAGGUGUCGAGAGCCCACAUCCCGUCUCGUCAUUGUCACUUUCUAUACUCCUGGCAAGCAACCAUAGCUAAACCUGCUGUCACUAACGUCACACCACAAGCAGGUGUCACAUUGAUAUUGCUUUCAUCCGUCACGCUCUGGUGUGCCUGUCCACCUGAGUGCCUGUCCACCUGAGUGUCUGUUUUUUUUUUGCUUUCGAGUUUUGCCUCCUCUGUCCUUCCCUCAGUCGUUCACUCUGCGAUGGGAAGCUCUAUGGGCUGUGUGAGGCCUCCUCGGGAGGGAGGACACGGCUUCCCCCCACUGUCCCCCAACCCCAAACGGCGCCUCCGCUUCCGGCGGAAACGCAAAGGAAAGAAGCGCCAGAAAGGAGGGUCGUCGGUCGGCUCGGAGGUGGAAAGCGUAAGGAUAAGCAACAUACCGGAGGAGGAGGAUGAAGAGGAAGAGGACAAAGGCACUGUCACAGAGGCAACCACGGCCUCGUUCAACACUAUGAGUGACGUCGGAGCCAAAAUCACCAAUUUAACUGUGCCUCAUGUCCAAACUCAAUCCAGGCAGCCCCUUCCCAGUGCUCUCUGUACGGACUCCACGAGUGACAGCAUGGGGGGGUUGGGGGGUAGCAGAGUGCUUGAACUGUCCCCUGAGCCAAGCCCAGUGUGGAGAAGGCUGUCCUACCCCGGAGCUGGGAGUGAGGAAGGGGGGGAGAGCAGUACCAUAGAGGCCCCAAGCAGCCAAGGGCAACCCAGUGAGGACCCCACCCCCACCCCAGAUAACCCUGACCCAUCUUUCCCGUCCCAGGUGCACACCACCCCUGGUGGGGGUCGAGUCUGCAAAGUCAGGGAGCGAGAACAAGGGGUCCUGGAGAGGCCUUGUAUACGAAGACCCAAGAAAGAGAGGGAACGGGGGAAGAAAGGAGAAAAGGAGAAAGAGGAGGUGGAGGAUGAAGGUGGGGGUGGGCCAGCAGGGAUGCUGGGGGUUGCUUUUAACAACCCUUUGUCAAAGGAGCACAAAGGGGUGGUCCACAUUCGCGAGGUGGAGGGCCGGCUGUGUGUUGUGAGGACAGUCUACCCCAGUGACUUUGGGUCCCCGGUUUGGAGAGGGGACAGUUACCAUGACAAAGAGGUAGAAGUAGAGGUAUGUGCCGAACCUCCAGCCGCAUCUCCUGUGACUGGGAACAUCCUCAAAGUACAUCUUUCUGAGGAAGACCGCAGGAGAGCCAAAAUGGAUGCCAGGACCACUUUCCUUAUGGGGACCCAGGAAACCACAAGAGUCAAGGAACUCAGUCUGGAUAAACCAACACAGGUCCGAGGGGGACUAUUAAUACAGAACCCUCUUUCCUCUGCCUAUGCCAGCGAUCUGCCCCACACCUCCCCAGAGACGGGGGGAGCCACCCAGCUAAGCAGGGUUGACUUGACCCAAAGGAGAGCCAAAAUGGACACCUCAGGUCUCAAUAUGACAACCAACCUUAUGGAGACCCAGGAAACUACAAAAGUCGAGGGAGCCUCGGUACAGGACCCUCUGUCCUCUGGCUAUGCCAGCGACCUGCCACUAACCUCCCCAGAGGCAGGGGGCGCCACCCAGAUAGACUGGGAAAGCUCCAGAGAGGGACUGGACUCUGCAACUGACAGUCCUCUAUCUCCACCCCAGGUCACCACAAAGCAGUUCCCUCAGUUGAUGGAGUGA